AUGUUCCACAUCCUGGACCGGGAGAUGCAGUGGCGCCGCGAAAACGGGCGACCAGAAGGCUUCGGAAGCUUGCGAGCACACCGGCCUAUCCUAGCUGUCGGCGCGGAGGACCCAUUGGAAGACCAGAAGAUGUUGGCCGAUUACUUCCAUGGAACGGAUGGUCUUGGUGGCAUCCACGCCACUCACCCUCAUCUCUCUGCUCCCACUGCAUAUGAGCACCUUUUUACUCCAACUCUGGGCAGUGCGGGGAUCGAGCCUGCAGCGGACUGCACUGGGCCAAACGACCAUGCCUUUACCUCCUCCAAACUUCCAGCUCACAAGGAAAUUCUUCGUGCUCUUCGUGACAAUGAACCUGACUCCGUAACGCUGGUUGCAGUAGGCCCGCUGACCAACCUGGCAUUGGCAGCGGCAGAGGACCCCGAGACCUUCCUCCGCGUGAAGGAAGUCGUCGUCAUGGGUGGUGCAAUCAACCAACCUGGAAAUGUCACCCCGAUGGGCGAGUUCAAUGCCUAUGCGGAUGCAGUCGCAGCUGCCCGUAUUUUCGCUCUCACAUCGCCAAACCCGCAUACCACAGUCCCCAUCACCAAGAGUGAUCGGCUUCCGCCAUAUCCAGAAAAGCUUAGUCGUCAGCUAACACUACGUCUGUUCCCGUUGGAUAUCACCCUGCGCCACAAUCUUUCAAAGGGCCAGUUCAGAAAGGCGAUCACACCUCUGUUGGAAGGUGGCUCUCCACUUGCUGAGUGGGUCGAUGCCUUCAUGGGACACACCUUCAAGACCCUGGAGCGCCUGCACCCAGGACAUGUUGGCGAUGAUGCCCAGCUGAGUCUACACGACCCCGUUUGUGUAUGGUAUGCCAUCACAUCCGAGGAUCCCAAGUGGGUCUAUGCGGCGAACUCGCCUGAGGAUAUCCGCAUCGAUUCCUUGGGCCAGUGGACUAGAGGCAUGUGCGUGGUUGAUCGCCGCAAUCGCCAUCGCAUUGAAGGCGAUGAGGAGAGUUCAAGUGACCAUGGUCUCUGGUUGAGUGGCCGUGCAGGUAACCGUAUUUGGCGAAUGGAUGGAUCUCCUGCCGAGGAGAACUUUGGAGACGUCAUUAUCCAAAGACUUUUCAACUAG